AUGCCGCGUGCGAACAGCUCCUUCGGCUGGUCUCGACAACGAAGCGGCGGGAACCUGCUCACCGCCUCUGACAGAGCCCGCGGCCCGCUCCACUCCCGCGCCGCGGGGAGUGAAGACUCUCGAGGGCACGGGGGCCGGAGACCGUGCCACGCCGCGCUCGCGGGCGCUCGCGUCCCCCUCGAAGACGCUGGAGAAGCCGAGACGCGCGGCGGCGCCGGAUCCUCCUCCAUGGGCGUCGAGUGCUGGACCUCCGCCGAGCCGCCCGCGGACGCGCCACCAGCCGCCGCAGCGGCCCUCACGCCAGGGCAGCCAGCGCCAGCCGCAUCGACUCGAGGAUCCCCUUGGUCUGCACCCGGCGGCGGGGCAGCGGCCGCUCGAGGAGCCCGAGCCACCGCCUCGCCGAGCGCCUCCGCCAGCGCCGCACCUACAAGCGCAGGCCGGCACCCCCGGUGCUGCAAGGCGCCGAAGGCGCGGAGCAGCGACUGGGCUGCUCGCGCCUGCGCCCUCAUGGCCUGA